UUUGCGCUCACCGCGCUUGCGCUGUUCGCUACCGCCUUCUUUCUUCAGCGGAGGCCGCCGCCGCCUCUCUGUUCCACAGCCAUGGAGUCUUCCACUUUCACCUUGGUGCCUGUCUUUGCCCCGCUGAGCAACUUCCAGAGCCUCCUUCUAGCUGUUGGUUCAGCCUUCUUCAUUGCGACCCGUGCCCAGAGCCCGUGCUGCAGCCAUGUCACUCCUGGCGACCCUGGGGCUGGAGCUGGACAGGGCCCUGCUCCCAGCUAGCGGUCUGGGCUGGCUCGUAGACUAUGGGAAACUCCCCCUGGCCCCUGCCCCCCUCGGCUCCUAUGAAAUCCUUGGGGGAGCCCUGGAGGGUGGGCUCCCAGGGGGAGGAGAGCCCCUGGCAGGUGACGGCUUCUCUGACUGGAUGACUGAGCGAGUGGACUUUACAGCCCUCCUGCCCCUGGAACCCCCCUUACCCCCAGGUGCCCUCCCCCCACCCUCCCCACCCCCACCUGACCUGGAGGCCAUGGCCUCUCUCCUCAAGAAGGAGCUGGAACAGAUAGAAGACUUCUUCCUUGAUGCGCCACUCCUCCCACCAUCCUCCCCCCUGCCUCAGCCGCCGCCACCAGCGCCCUCCCUCCCUCUUCCACUCCCCCUCCCCACCUUUGACCUCCCCCAGCCCCCUGCUCUGGAUACCCUUGACUUGCUGGCUAUCUACUGCCGCAGUGAGGCCGGGCCAGGAGACUCAGGGUUGGCAUCCCUGCCCCCACCACAGCAGGCCCCCCCCCCUCCACCUCCACCCUCUCGCCCGGCCCCCUACCCGAAUCCUACCACCACCCGAGGGGACCGCAAGCAAAAGAAGAGAGACCAGAACAAGUCAGCAGCUCUGAGGUACCGCCAGAGGAAGCGGGCAGAGGGCGAGGCCCUGGAGGGCGAGUGCCAGGGGCUGGAGGCUCGAAACCGGGAGUUGAGGGAGAGGGCUGAGUCGGUAGAGCGCGAGAUCCAGUAUGUCAAGGAUCUGCUCAUUGAGGUGUAUAAGGCUCGGAGCCAGAGGACCCGGAACAGCUAGAGGGGCUUUGGGCUGUAGGGGGCACUGGUCUUCAUCUCUGGCUCACCUCUAUUUCUGGGGCUGGGGUCGGAGGAUCCCACCAUCCCCUUUUCUGUCUUUCUCCCCCUCCCUCUCCUUUUAUCUUUGACUGCUCUCGCCCAUUUCUGAAUUUGCCCCCCUUCUCCCACCCAGAAUCCUGGAAUGUCUGGCCUUACUCAACAUCUCCACUUCUCAAGUAACAGCUGAGGGGCUGGGGGCCCAGAGACGGGGAGCUUGCAACCCUGGUCUCUCAAUCAGGGAAGUGAGGCCAGGAAGCUGUGCAGAAUGAAUGUGGAACAAACAGGGGAGCCCCCUGGGGAUGUGAGCCAGGGAGGGUCUUAAGAAUGGCCCCUGUGUAAUAAUAUAACCAAAAAAGCAAGCCAAGUGACCUUAGGGAAACAUAUUUGGGCAGGAAGCCAAAAGGUGGCCAAGUUCACAGAGCAGGUGAAUAUGCAGGUAGCCGGGGAGGUGGGCAGGGCGGGGGAACGGCCAUAGUCGGGACUGGGUGUUCAUUUUAGCUCUGGGAGGAAAUCAGUGUUUUGUUGUGGGGGCAGGGGUCGUGUUGUGUUGGGGGAGGGGCUGCAUCUAGGUGAGGGAGGGCAGGGACUGAUCCUUUUGGUGGUUUGUGAGCAGAAAUAAAAUGAAGAAUUUUCUCUGG